AUGGAGUUUCCAAAGUUUUUUAUUGUUGCUUCAAUAUUAACAAUCCUCUUCUCAAGACAAAUCUCAACAAACGCUUUAACAUUAGUAAACAGCAUUUGCGAAAUUCAAAAUGACGUCGUAAAUUCUAGAACUGACACUCAGGACAUCCUCAUAUCAAAUUUAGGAGGACGGAUGUGGUCAUCUUCUAUCAAUGAUAUUAUCAGAUGCAUUGGUGAUAGUAAUCCGGUUGUUGUAACAGAUUUAAAAAGAAAAAUUAUUGGUAAAAAUCUGAGAAAGGCUUCGCUUGUGGUUUUAGCAUUUAGUCAAACUGAUACGGCUUUACUCAAAAAUAUUCUGCUUGUUCAUAAGCAAUCCACAACGUGGCAUCAUAUGGCUAAAAUAAUUUGUAUCAUACCAAACACAUUAGAUCAAGACCAGCGCCACCUCAUCCUUCAAGUUUUUUUCGUGAACGGUUUUUUGAAUGUUGUUGUGCUGCACCAGAUUUAUCCUACUGUCGUUAUCGCUGAGACUAUAAACAGUUUGCCUGCUGUUUUCAUACUAACAGUAUCAAACCCAACCGACAGCUUGAUUGUGUUUCCUGAUAAGCUAAUUGAUUUUGAAGGGUAUGCUUAUCAAAUAGCCGAAAUUGAUAGCAUUGGGAUGAGUUACAUUACUAGUCAGAUGAUGCAUUUUCUUCGUAUACUUAAAUCCAUUCAAAAUUGCACUUUUAAACGAUUGAAUUUGCCUGAUACAAUUGCAAUUGGUGAUUACUGGAAGCGACGUAAAAUGCAUUUGCUGAUAAAUAUAGCAACUGUUCAUCAUUCUCGAGAACCAAAGUUAAUGACAUAUGAGGAAAAAAGUUAUUGUGCGUUAGUUCCAAUUCCUGAAAAAACGUCAUUUUUUCUCGUCAUAAUCACUAAACCGUUUGAUCGAUUCAUGUGGACAUUGAUAGGACUUUCUGUUCUUUGUUCUGUUACUGUUUGGCGACAAUUUCGUGGUCGUGGUGCUGUUGAUUCUCACUGGAAAAUUGCUGCUUUAUGGUUCAUGGUUUUCAUAGGUCAAGGUCUUGACUUCUCUAACAGGAAUCGUUCUUUGCUAUUGAUCCUGCUUCAUCUGAUUUCGAUCUCGAUUUUUGUCCUCAGCAAUGCCUACGAAAGUGUCGUUACAUCAUUCACAAUUGAUCCUGUCGAUGAGCACUUAAAGACACUCAAGGAUUUAUUGUCAUCCAGUUAUGACAUAAUGGCUGAUAAAGGUUUUGAGUUUUCUUACGAAAAUACAAAUGAGUUCAUUUCCAGAAUUAAUACAUCAAGCUUGAAUAUGAGAGACAAUGAAGCAAAGGAAAUCAUCAGAAAACGUUUUGUGUUCAUUCGGACCUGCGAUGUGGCUGAAAAUGUCUUAAGACUUUACCUUCCAAACGGGAAACAAACCUCAGAAUAUUAUUAUAUUCUGCCUGAAAGGAUUACUGGUCAGUUCAUCCACUUAGAAGCAAGCUAUUAUAACCCAUUUUUGGAGCGACUGCAAUAUUACAUGGACUUGUCGUUUGAAGCAGGCUUACCGAAAAUGUGGAAAUCAUUCGAUUAUUUGGAUUAUUCAAACAGAAUCAACUAUGAAGAAACGAGUGACUUCUUGUUACUUGAAGAUCUUCUUUUAGUUUUUGCAAUUCUGCUGCUUGGAUGCGCUGUAUCUGCUUUUGUGUUGAUGAUCGAAAUUUCUUAUCAUGAUUUUUUCAGAUACUUGGAUUGGACUAGACCAUAUCGAUGGAUUAAGAUAAAGAGUAUAUGCGAAAUUCAAAAUGACGUCGUAAAUUUUAGAACCGACACUCAGGACAUCCUCAUAGCAAAUCAAGGAGGACAGAUGUGGUCAUCUACUGUCAAUGAUAUUAUCAGAUGCUUUGGUGAUAGUAAUCCGGUUGUUGUAACAGAUUUAAAGAGAAAAAUCACAGCUAAAAAUCUGAGAAAGGCUUCGCUUGUGGUUUUAGCAUUUAGUCAAACUGAUGCGGCUUUACUCAAAAAUAUUCUGUUUGUUCAUAAGCAAUCCACAACGUGGCAUCAUAUGGCUAAAAUAAUUUGUAUCGUACCAAACACAUUAGAUCAAGAUCAGCGUCUCAUUAUUCUUAAGAUUUUUUAUAUAAAUGGUUUUUUGAAUGUUGCUGUGCUGCAUGAGACUAUUAAUACUGGUGUUUUCUCUGAAACUGUAAGAACUUUAUCAGCAGAUUCUUUACAAACAGUAUUUAACCCGACAGACAGCUUGCUUGUGUUUCCUGAUAAGUUAAUUGAUUUUGAAGGAUAUGCUUAUCAAAUAGCCGAAAUUGAUAGCAUUGGGAUGAGUUUCAUAACUAGGCAGAUGAUCCAUUUUCUUCGCAUGCUUAAAUCCAUUCAAAAUUCCAAUUUUAAACGAUUGCAUUUGCCUGAUAUUAAUGCACUUGAACCUAAGUUAAUGACAUAUGAAGAAAAAAGUUAUUGCGCAUUAGUUCCAAUUCCUGAAAAAACGUCAUUUUUUCUCGUCAUAAUCACUAAACCGUUUGAUCGAUUCAUGUGGACAUUGAUAGGACUUUCUGUUCUUUGUUCUGUUACUGUUUGGCGACAAUUUCGUGGUCGUGGUGCUGUUGAUUCUCACUGGAAAAUUGCUGCUUUAUGGUUCAUGGUUUUCAUAGGUCAAGGUCUUGACUUCUCUAACAGGAAUCGAUCUAUGAUGUUGAUUCUAAUUCAUUUAAUAUCCAUAUCAAUUUUCAUACUUAGCAAUGCCUACGAAAGUGUCGUUACAUCAUUCACAAUUGAUCCCGUCGAUGAGCACUUAAAGACACUCAAGGAUCUAUUGGAAUCCAGUUAUGAUAUUAUUGCUGAUCGAGCAUUUGAGUUUUCUUACGAAAAUACAAAUGAGUUUAUGUCCAGGAUCAAUACAUCAAGCUUAAAUAUGAGGGACAAUGAUGGAGAGGAAAUCAUCAAGAAGCGUUUUGUGUUCAUUCGGACCUGCGAUGUGGCUGAAAAUGUCUUAAGACUUUAUCUUUUUAACGGGAAACAAACCUCAGAAUAUUAUUAUAUUCUGCCUGAAAGGAUUACUGGUCAGUUCAUCCACUUAGAAGCAAGCUAUUAUAAUCCAUUUCUGGAGCGACUGCAAUAUUACAUGGACUUGUCGUUUGAAGCAGGCUUACCGAAAAUGUGGAAAUCAUUCGAUUAUUUGGAUUAUUCAAACAGAAUCAACUAUGAAGAAACGAGUGACUUCUUGUUACUUGAAGAUCUUCUUUUAGUAUUUGCAAUUCUGCUCCUUGGAUGCGCUGUAUCUGCUUUUGUGUUGAUGAUUGAAAUUUCUUAUCAUGAUUUUUUCAGAUACUUGGAUUGGAUUAGACCAUAUCGAUGGAUUAAAAGUAAGCACAAUGAUGAUGAUGACAAUGAGGAUGAGAUGAAAAGAUGUACAGCAAUGAAUGAACGAGAAGGAUUUUCAUCAUUAAAUAUUUGA